AUGUCUUCCCACAAGGUGCUUAUGUUGGGUGCAGGCUUCGUCACGAAGCCCACUCUCGAGAUUCUCGCCAAGUCCGGUGUCACGGUGUCCGUCGCCUGCCGCACACUUGACUCUGCCAAGAGCCUCUCGGCCGGCAUCCAGAACGCCGUGCCCAUCUCCCUUGACGUGACCAACAACGAUGCCCUCGACGCUGAGGUUGCGAAGCACGAUCUGGUCAUCUCCCUGAUUCCCUACACCUUCCACGCUACCGUCAUCAAGUCGGCCAUCCGCCAGAAGAAGCAUGUCGUCACCACCAGCUACGUCUCGCCUGCCAUGCUCGAGCUUGACCAGCAGUGCAAGGACGCCGGCAUCACUGUCAUGAACGAGAUCGGCCUGGACCCUGGUAUCGACCAUCUUUACGCUGUCAAGACCAUCGAUGAGGUCCACAAGGCCGGCGGCAAGAUCACGUCGUUCCUGUCGUACUGCGGUGGUCUUCCCGCCCCCGAGGAUUCCGGUAACCCGCUGGGCUACAAGUUCUCCUGGUCGCCCCGCGGAGUCCUUCUGGCCCUCAGAAACGCUGCCAGCUUCUACAAGGACGGCAAGGUCGUCAACGUCGAUGGUCCUGAUCUCAUGGCCAUUGCCAAGCCGUACCACAUCUACCCUGGCUUCGCCUUCGUUGCCUACCCCAACAGAGACUCGACUGGCUACAAGGAGCGCUACAACAUCCCCGAGGCCCAGACUGUCAUUCGUGGCACUCUGAGAUACGCCGGUUUCCCCGAAUUUGUCAAGGUCCUUGUCGACAUCAACUUCCUCAAGGACGAGGAGGAGAGCUACUGGAAGGACGCCAUCCCCUGGAAGGAGGCUACCCAGAAGAUCCUGGGCGCCAAGUCAACCAACGAGGAGGACCUCGUUGCGGCCAUCGUCUCCAAGACCAACUUCGUCGACGCUGAGCAGAAGGACCAUAUCCUGGCCGGCCUCAAGUGGAUCGGUCUCUUCUCGGACGAGAAGAUCAUCCCUCGUAGCAACCCCCUCGACACCCUCUGCGCCACCCUGGAGAAGAAGAUGCAGUACGCCGAGGGCGAGCGCGAUCUCGUCAUGCUGCAGCACAAGUUCGAGGUCGAGCUUGCUGACGGCACCAAGCAGACCAGACUGUCGACUCUCUGCGAAUACGGCAGCACCGAUCCCAGCGGCUACUCCGCCAUGGCCAAGCUGGUCGGCGUGCCCUGCGCCGUUGCUGUUCAGCAGGUCCUGAACGGCACCAUCUCCGAGAAAGGUGUCCUGGCCCCCAUGAACACCAAGCUCAACGAUCCCCUCAUCAAGGAGCUGAAGGAGAAGUACGGCAUCUACUGCAAGGAGACCAUUGUCUAA